UGUUGUGGAUAUUUCGCCCUCUGGCACGCGGACGUAGUUGGUGUUGUGUUUGCUGGUUUCUGAUUGAAGAACCACGCGUGGUCGUUGAAUCAGCGGCAAUCAUUGCUUCUUUGCUGAGCCCACAUGGAUGAACCAUCAAACAGUAGCGAACUGAACUUUGACGAAGACGGCAAGUGUAAUACAAAGAAUUUGCAGUAAAUGCGUUGUGAUGGUGAUGAAACAGCAACGAGCUAGUGACGAAUGCUGAUCUGGAAACAAAUGUCGCGUGUGUGAUGUGUGGCGUUGAUAAGUGUUGUUAAAGUGCCGAUGUUCUUUUUAGCACAUUGUGGGAAAUAUUGGUGUAAAUUUGUUAGUGUGCUUUAUAGCAGUGCAUUUUCUGGAGUGUGAUUUAUAUGCAAAAUAACCUAUUUUAGAAUAAAGUUUAAAAGCUAUGAAAAUAAGAGUGAAUCGUCUCUGAUGAAUGGAAUCAAUUGUGGAUGGUCCUUUAGAGGACCUUCAGUGUGAUAAAAGAGUUAGUUUGAGGCGUUUUUGAUUAUUCCAUAUGAUGGAAGUAAGUGGAGUACCCCAAACGCAUCACCAAACGGUGUCACUAGUAUUGCAACAACCACCGCAAUCUCAGCUACCAUUGGAUUUCAGUGUCACCAUGGUGAACAUUAAGUUGAACAGUGUCAACGUGAGCCCAAGUGGUGGGAAUAAUAUUAAUAAUAAUGAUAGUAGUAUUAAUAAUAAUAACACCAACAACAACAACAGCAGUAUGAUGAUUGGUAAAGGCGGAAGUAUGGGCCAAGCACCAGUGACAGAUGAAAACAAAAGUAGUCCAUUGAAUGGAGUUAGCAUUUCGCGGCCAAUGAGCCCAAAUGUGCUACUAACAGCAAACAGUAGUAAUUCAUCCGUUAACAUGAAUGGUAGCAGUAAUGGAACAUCAAUGACAAGUGCUUUUAAGGUAGUGACGCCACGCGGGAAAGCCGACGUUCCAGCACAGCCUGCAAAUGGAUUUUCACCUUUAAUUUUCAACAAUGACCUGCUGGUAAACCACUACCGACGCUUGCUUCAUCCAGUAGCAGCCGCCGUACCGCGCCUUCCGAAUGGUGCCAAUGGUUAUAAUGAUGUGCCUGACACACAGCUCAAAAUGGGUCAAAGAGACGAAAUCAAAUUCGGCGUUAGCCGGCUAGUAAAGAACGAGUCUGAAGACGAAGAUAACAACAAUGUGUAUCAUCAUAGUGCGCCUCACACCCAACCGCUUCUACCACCACAUGUAGCGCACCUGCAACACCAUGCCGCGAAUGGUCCGAAAUUGUCUACCCUUUCGAGUGGCUAUGAUUCGAGUGCUCUCAGCAGCAGAUCACGAUCGAGGAGCAGAUCGCGUUCACGCGAUCGUUCCACUCGUUCGCGGUCGUCCUCUAUCGAGCUGGAAGUUGACUCUCCUCCUCCACCACGGAUUAAUCCAUCGCCAAGCACAGAAGUCCCACAUGUUCCUAAAAACUCAGAAGCCUUUUCGGUUUCAGCAUUGCUAAAGCGCGAAGUUGAGCCCAAAUCAAAGUCUCCAUUAUCGAAUGGAUCGUUCGAUGCUGUUAGGCCAAAUUACACACAAUUUUACGAGCAGAGCAUUCUCAACCGCCCGCUGUUUCAUCCGUUUCCGUUUUUUGCGAUGCUCCAACAGCAAGGACAUCAACUAAAUCCUGCAUUAGCAAACUAUCACCCUUCGACACCAGAGGAUAUAUUGCGACUACGCCAUUUCAUGACCCAGAACGCGGCAGCUGCUUCAGCUGGUGCUACUGGGACUCAUUUGGAUUUUAGCCAUCCUCACCAUCCUCAUCAUUUGCUAAUGCGUACAGAUGUACAUCCACGAAGAACGCACAAUGGGAAACGACCCUACGCCUGCGAAUUAUGCAACAAAUCGUUCGGACAUGAGAUCAGUUUGAAUCAGCACAGAGCCGUGCACAAUGUGGAGAAAGUGUUUGAAUGCAAGCAGUGUGGAAAAGCCUUCAAGCGUUCGAGUACGUUAUCGACACACCUACUAAUACACAGCGACACACGGCCAUAUCCUUGCGGUUUCUGUGGGAAGCGGUUCCACCAAAAGAGUGACAUGAAGAAGCACACGUACAUCCACACCGGAGAAAAGCCGCACAAAUGUCAAGUUUGUGGAAAAGCUUUCAGCCAGAGCUCGAACCUGAUUACGCACUCACGCAAACACACUGGCUACAAACCAUUCCAGUGUGAGCUGUGUCAUAAAGCAUUCCAACGCAAGGUGGACCUACGUCGACACAAGGAGACACAGCACACAGAGAUCCGGACUUUGGUCAACUAACCCAAGGCUCGUCCGGAGUUCACUAUGACAGCGAUCUCCUCGAACUGUUCAACCAUAGACUGUCUGAGAGGGCCGGAAGAUGGUCAUAGCAUUGCGAUGCUACCCGUGGCAGGUGAUUCUUCCGUUGAUAGACCUUCGGCGUCAUUGUCUCCAGAAUCGGAUGCUUCCCCAAAGUCCGUAACAGGAGACGUUGGAGAGUUCAUUGUGAUUGACUGAUCUGAACGUGGCACCGGCAAUUGAAUUACCUGCAUUGUGCUUGUAAAAAGUGUAAAUGUGUAACAUGCGAUACGAAAAAACAGUGUACAAUUUUAACUUUAGUGCAAAGAUGUAACUAAGCUUUGUAACGAAUGUUUCAUUUGCGAUAAGUAACAUUUCUCGUAAACAGUUCCUUUCAUCAGUAGUCGUUACAUAACGUAUAGCGCAACGUGUUAAGGCAAGAACCAUUCUUUCUUGCAACUGAAAACCUUAGUGUCCAAACAUUCUGUUUCUAGCGUAAGAGUAUAGAUAGGAACUAAUUGUGGAGUGCAGUAGACGCACAACGAAGGAAAACCAAAUUAACAUUAAGUAGACAUAUUUUUUUCGGUGAUCGGUGAUAAAUCUUCUUGGCGUACAGUUUCGAUGUCAUUUAUGUGCUGAUAGAUAAAUAACAACACUUUUUUGUAAUGUUCAAUGUUUUCACUGUUGAACCCAAAGGCUAGAACAAAUUGCGCAAUUUUGAGUGCGUGUUUUAAAGAUCUGAAAAAUCAUGUGUCCCCUGUAAAAAAGGCGGUCAAUAACGGUAGGUGUAAACAAAUGAGAAUCGUUUAGAUUGCGUUUAAAGUGAAACAUUGUGUCGUGUUGUAAUGUAUAUUGUUGUAAAUCAAUUUCAGUUUAUGUUUUGGAAAUGGAUGACGUAGCUCAUAAAUGUAAAUAAAUAAGUGGCAUAAAACACAUCUCAAAACACAAACAUUCACGCAGUAACUCAACAAUAAACAUCAAUGUGCAAUUUUCAUAUA